CAGAUUUUGUAGUUAAGAGAGAGCUUAACAAGUUUUCGUACGUAUAGAAGUGGUGUUGUUGCAAAAAAUAUAUACGGGGUUUAAAAGCUGAGCAAGAACAGGAAGUUAUUUGUAUUCAGCAGUCAGAAGAUUGAAAAGCAUUUAUUUUGUUAAGAUCGCCGAGUUACAAAAAAGAAAUGUCCAUGCAUACAACCUCUAAUUGUAAGAGCGACGGAACCAUGAUGAAUAACAAGAUACGAGUGAUGUGUCGAGAUACCUCAUCGGGCAAGCAACCUGAAGAAAACAACAAUCAGCAAAUUGUCAUUCAAAUCAGGGUAAUGGAUAUAUUCGUCGAAGAGAAUAAUGAAGCCAAGACAAAAAUCAUACUGUCUGCCUUGACUGUCGUGUUGUCUAUUGUUAUGAAGACAGCCUGUCGUACACUAUUCUACUACAGUGCAAUUUUCAAACAAGGAAACCUUCAUCUGGAAUAUGUGUUUUCCAGAGUAACAUCGGCUCAGCGUGCCUUGAUCACUUCAUUGUUUUCCCUAUGGACGUACCUCAUUAGCGACAUAUUGAAAGGGAGACAAGAUGAAUCUGAAGUGGUUACACAAGAAGGCCUUUCCUAUGCCUUAGAAGAUGUCAGUUAUCGGAUGAUUUCGUCCGUAAACAUUUUCCCUGAGACAAUCAGAAUGUUCGUGCACUUGCCAAUCCUUAAUAAUCGGGCUGAAGGUAUUUCGGAAAGAACAAUAAAAGAAUCGUCUAAUACUCGGCACUAGGUACAGAAGCAGCGAUAACGUUUCUAAGGAACAUAGAAAGAUACUUACGAAAUAUGUUAACUAACCGUUUGUUUAAAAUCAUACAACUGUGACAGUGUUAUAACAAUACCAAUACGAUGCAGUAUCUACUUGCUUAAACAAGGUCUAACAACAAACACGGACUAGUAAAACAGAUGUUAUCAUUGUACGAAGAAUAUUAUUUUCUAAAUUUCUUAUAUACUUGCAUUGUGUUUUGUAAAGGUGUAAAAACAAGCUUUGAGAAUUAAACAAGUCGAAUAA